AUGCCCCCCGCUCAGGAGCUGCCAGCAAGACGUCUAUACAAGGACAUCCCCGCGGCGGAGAACAAUAGCGGAGACACAGGUCUUGUCAUUGCUAAGAGUUCCUGUUUGAAAGAGAAUCCGAGAGUUUGGCUUGUGCUGAGCCCGCAGCUUGUCGAUGGAUGCUUGGUAAGGGGACGAGGCAGAUGGACGAUGAGACAGAAUAAGCUGCUUAAUCAUCACGCCUUAGUUGACUCCUCGGGCCCCAUAACCAUUUGCCGAGCGAUGUCGCCUGUCGGGACUAUGGGGACCUCCGGCCAGAUUCCGAGUCGCGACAGACUCGUUAUCUCGAUGGCCAUCUUCCCUCCAUCGUCCAAGGACCUACCUAAGCCUCGAGCUGACGCCACGCGGCUCACUCAACCAUCAAAGGCACCAGAUGCCGACGCCGUUUUCGAAGCUCGUGUAGCCGAGAGCGAUAAGCCCGAUGACCGCUCUGCUCGAGGACUUGUAAUUCACAUCCUGACAUGGACGCCUACGAGGCUGCGUUAUGAUCCAGCGAAUCCUCCCGAAUUCGGGUACUUCCUCAAUUUUCUCUACGCUCUGUCUGCCACCAUCACUGUAGCCAAUCUGUACUACAAUCAGCCCGUGCUGAACAGAAUCGCAGAAACAUUCAAUGUCAGCUUCGAGCGUGCCUCUUCCGUCGCCACACUCAUGCAAUCCGGCUAUGCUGCAGGCCUGCUCUUCCUAUGCCCGCUAGGUGACACUUUGCGACGGCGGCCGUUCAUCAUUGGGCUGGUAUGGGCGACUGCGAUGCUUUGGCUCGGCCUUUGUGUCACCAAGUCUUUCGAUGUCUUUUGUACGCUAUCCUUCAUCUGCGGUGCCACGACCGUCACUCCGCAAUUGAUGAUCCCUCUCGUUGGGGAUAUCGCUCCACCCCAGCGCAAGACGACAGCCAUGGCGAUUGUCGCAUCAGGCCUCAUGUUCGGCAUGCUCGUCGCACGGUUGCUCUCAGGUAUCGUUGCCAACUAUACCGACUGGAUCAAUAUUUACUGGCUGUCCUUCGGCGCCCAGUACAUCCUCGUUGUCCUGCUCUUCUGCUUCAUGCCUGAUUACCCACCCACCAACCCCGAGGGCAUCAAUUACUUUCGCGUACUGUGGAGCAUCGUCGCCAUGAUCUUCACCGAGCCCAUCCUAGUGCAGGCCUGCCUCAUUGCGUUUCUGUGCAACGCCAUCUUCACCAACUUCUGGACGACCCUCACUUUCCUGCUCGCAUCGCCGCCUUACGAAUUCAGUUCCCUCAUCAUCGGUCUUUUCUCCCUCAUCGGCCUGACAGGCAUCGUCGGCACACCACUCUACACCCGUCUGGUCUUUGACCGGUUUGUUCCCUUGUUCUCGACCAUCCUGGGCUUGUUCGCCGUCAUGGCUGGAGUCAUCGUCGGUACUUUCACCGGCAAGGCUACCGUGGCCGGACCUAUCAUCCAGGCAGCCCUUGCCGACGUGGGAAACACAGGCUGUAUGCCCCAUGGCGGGUGGCUCCUGAGUGGUGGUGCGAGCGUGGCAUUUGUCGGCCUGGCUCUGCUUGCCGGGUUUGCAAGAGGACCUAGAGCGAAGGGGUGGGUUGGCUGGCAUGGGGGCUGGAGACUACGUAAAGACCAGUGA